AUGAUUUUGUGGGACGAAGUCAACGUGACUAACGGGAUAGAUGCUUUAUUUUUAGAAAUGCCCAAUAAACAUGGGCCAAUUUAUAAAUUCGAAAAGAUCAGGCCUGAUUAUAGCGCACACGUGGAGUUUAGCUCCCGCGGAAACGGCGGUGAGUGUUUCAGUUGCGGCGAAGUUGGCCAUAUGGCGAAGGAUUGCGUUGGUGGUGCCGGCGGAAAAAUCUUCGGUGGCGGAGGUCGCAGAUCCGGCGGAGAAAAUUCCUGCUACAUGUGUGGCGGUGUGGGACACUUUGCUAGGGAUUGCAGGCAGAACGCCGGUGGAAACAGUGGAGGCGGAGGUGGCGCUUGUUACAGUUGCGGAGAGGUUGGUCAUAUGGCAAAGGAUUGUCGUGGUGUUUCCGGUGGAAUCAGAUACGGAGGCGGUGGCCGUGGAUCUGGCGGCGAGGGAUGCUACAUGUGUGGCGAUGUGGGGCAUUUCGCUAGGGAUUGUAGGCAAAACGCCGGUGGAAACGUCGGAGGUGGCGGCGGAAACACCUGCUAUACCUGUGGCGGAUUUGGCCACAUGGCGAGAGUUUGCACAAGCAAGAGACCGUCUGGUGCUGGUGCUGGUGCUGGUGCUGUGCCUAUGCUUUGUUCUUUGUCCAUCUUUCUCAACUACAAGAGUAAAAUGUAA